CAAGGAAGAACAAAAUGUCGUCCGCGCUGCCGUUGUUAGUUUUUGGGCAAGCGUAUUUCCUCACCCCAGCCUUUAACACCCAAUCGGUAGCACCUAAUUUCACCUCGCUUCCAAACAACGACCUCACCAAACGGGAUGACUAUACGUACACGCCGGGAAUCGGUGCUCACAAGGUUCACACUCAAUUGGCUUCUUGGUCCGACGCUUGGGUCAAAUGUCGAGACGAGGGUGCUCACCUAGCCAUCGUCAACUCUCAGGCUGAAUCGAAACUUAUCGUUCAACUUCUGGCAAAAGCGGAUCCUGUGAAAGGUGGCAAUGUUGCGGACUUUGUUCACAUUGGUUUUCAUGAUUUGUACCAGAAAAACCAGUGGGUUACAAUUAAAGGUCAAUCCCUGUUCGAGGCAGGAUUUAGCGAAUGGUACCAGGGCGAACCUAACCGCCUGGACGGAAAUGAGCAUUGUGGAUCGAUCCACCGAAGAGACGGUAAAUUGAACGACCAAAGUUGCACCUCUAAGAUGACCGGUUUUGUUUGCGAGUUGCGCUCCGCUUAGCUACGUUGUAAAAUCAGAUAUUGAUAUUAUUAUCCACAUUGUAAAUCUACGUUACAAAUGAUGUAUUGUUGGCAAUUUAAAAAAUUGUAAUAAAUAUUCGA